AUGGUCUACGCCAUGGAAAUCUACACUGAUGGUGGCUGUCGAGGCAAUGGAAGCCCAUGGGCAAUAGGAGCCGCUGCCGCCGCUUUCAAGACAAAAUGGGGAAAAUAUCAUGGCUGGACAAGAAUCUUACCCUCAUAUCCCCCACCUACAAACCAGCGUGCGGAAAUUGUAGCCAUAAUUCUGGCGCUGGAACAAGCCCUGGAGAAGUAUCAGGAGCUUGACACCAAUCCAUAUCUAGAUGUCACAAUCUAUUCUGACUCUAAAUAUGCGGUUAACUGUAUGAAAUCGUGGAUUUACAAGUGGACCAACAAUGGGUGGAUCAACGCUGCUGGCAACCCCGUUGCAAACCGUGACCUUCUGGAGGAGGCUUCGGAUCUUGACGACAGAUUGAGAAACGAGGGAGAUGUCGAGUACAUCUGGAUUCCGAGAGAGGAGAAUGAGGUUGCCGAUCGAUUCUGUAACGAGGCGCUGGACAGGGAGUGA